AUGAGUGGAGCAGAGGCACCAACGAUCGGAGCUGUUCCUAAUGACCCGAGGGUGGACGAUAUCUUAGAGGCAUUGACUCAAGUGGGUGCAUUAAUGGCACAACAGGCGCAACAACAAGUUGCAAAUAAUACCAGAUUAGGAGAACGCCGUACCCAAGGACUAGUGGAACAGUUCCUUAAACUAAAGCCCUCUAAGUUCACUAGGAUUGGAAGGCCCGAAGAAGCGGAACGAUGGAUUAAGGAGAUGGAGAAAAUCGUUAGGUUAAUAAAUUGCACUGAUGUGGAUAAGAUAAUCCUGGCGGAGUAUCGGAUGGACGAGAACACCAUGUACUGGUGGCAAGCGACGAAGAAUACCGUGUUCCCUACGGGAAUUGAGAUUGUUUGGGAGACAUUUGUCACUGCAUUCUAUGAAAAGUAUUUCUCCAGCUAUGCUAGAGAUAGAAAGUUAACAAAAUUUGUGGAACUAAAGCAAAGUGAAAGAAUUGUGGAUGAAUAUGAAGCCAAGUUCUCCGAACUGUCUAGGUUUGCUCCUCGCCUCGUUGAGCAUGCUGAAGAUAGGGCGAAGAGGUUUCCGAAAGGCUUAAAGCCGGGGAUACGGAAGCAAUUGGCACCCUUCGGGCCAAUGACCUAUUAA